AUGUUUGCAAUAAUUUUGUUGUCUAUCGCAUCGUGUAUCAUUUAUUACUACACAUUUGUGGCACGUGUUCGAUAUGCGCGGGACAUUCCUACUGCAAAGCCUUGCUAUCCACUGAUAGGCAAUGGUUUUUCAUUUAUGGAAAAAUCACCGGUUAAAUUGUUCCUGAACGUGGUUCAACCGUUUACACAGUAUGAGCGAUGGUUCAAAGUGUGGCUUGGGCCUCAGCUCAUACUGUGUACAUCUCAUCCGAUCCUUGCGGAGUCCGUGCUUAACCAUCCCAAGUGUCUCGAAAAACCGUUCUUUUAUAGUUUUGUGCAAUUAGAGCAUGGUAUUCUGACUCGUAAUUAUCAACGCUGGAAACGAUAUCGGAAAGUACUGAGUCCGGCAUUCAGUACCAGCAAGGUUAGCAACGCUUUACCAUCAUUCGUAGCCUGUGCGAGUAGUCUAAUGGCAAAGCUGGAGUUAAUGCUAGACAAAAGGUCUACAAUUUCGUUAGCUCCAUUGUUGAGUGACUGUAUGUUGAACAUGAUAUUUUCUACCACGCUGGGUGUGAAUGCGGUGGAGCAGCAUGAGGCAAAGAAUAUUCUAACGAACCUGGACAGUUUGUUUCAGAUGAUAUCGGCUCGUGCAAUAAAUGCCUUGUAUCACUACGACUGGAUUUACAAGUUUACAAGUAACUAUAGAGAAGAAACAAAAUCCAGAACCGAGUGCUAUCGUGUAGUAGAUAAGGUUCUUGCAUUAAGGAGACAAGCGUUGGAAAAUGCAUCCUAUGAAGCCAGCGAUUCUCCAGCAAUGCUGGAUCGCCUGCUAACCACAAUAGACGAUGGUCCCCUGACAGAUACAGAAAUUGUCCACAACAUUUACUCAAUCGUUGGAGCAGGCAACGAUACGACAGCACACUCGAUUGGUCAUACCUGUCUAUUUCUCGCAAUGCAUCCCACCGUCCAAAACAAGCUGCAUCAGGAACUGUGUGACGUUUUUUACCACCGUGAUGAUCCUAUCACGGAGGAAAACCUUAAAAAAUUAACCUUUAUGGAGUGCGUACUAAAGGAAAGCUUACGGUUAGCUCCACCCGGUGCUACAGUUGCACGUGAGGCUCAAGAAGAUUUACACGUCGACGGGCAGUUCAUCCCGCGUGGCACUACGGUAGUCGUCAGUCUGUUCGCAUUGCAUCGGCGAAAGGACUUUUGGGGUGCAGAUGCUGAUCAGUUUGAUCCGGAACGUUUCUUACCGAACCGUAGCGAAGGAAGACCGUCUGCGGUGUUCAUGCCGUUCAAUACUGGUAGCCGUAACUGUCUCGGUUCAAGGUACGCCAUGAUGGCGAUGAAGGUAAUAUUGACGAUGAUCGUACGCUCGUUUAAGCUUCACACUAGCAUGAAAAUGGAGCAAAUGAAGUUUCGAUUCGAUAUUGCGCUCAAACAAGAGGAAGGAUAUUUAAUACAGUUCGAACGAAGAGUGAAUUAG